AUGGCGAAUACACAGAAGCAGAAACGCCGAGGAGAUGGAGAUCGAAAGGACGGAAGCCGUGAUAAUCAACAACACGCCAUUACAGAGCUCAACUCGAGUUCUGGACUUCCGCGAUCAGAUCGAAGAACUCAAAUUCAUCUGCAAGGAGCUCCGGACGCCAUCAUGUGCCGAGUGUUUGCUACCACCCUUAAGGGUACCGCUAGAGACUGGUAUCGAACUCUUCGACCAGGAUCUGUUGGUUCCUUCCAAGGGAUGGAGCAAAUGUUCAUCGGCCAUUUCCUUAGUAGCCGGAGAGUUGCCAAAACAACAGGCCAUCUAAUGAGUAUGGUGCAAGGGGACCGGGAGACUUUAAAGAACUUCAUGCACCGUUUCAACACAGCGACCCUAGAAAUCUGCAACUUGGAUAUGGGGGUUGCCUUGGCCGCCCUGACAACGGCUCUCCAACCUGGAAGUUUCUUAUACUCCCUUGGAAAAAAACCUCAAGUAGACAUGGGGGAGUUAAUGAUUCGAGCAGAGAAAUACAUAAACCUAGAGGAGAUGAUGGACACGAGAGGAAAUCGUCUAGAGCGGAAAAGGAGAAACAACGGCAGAGAAUCUGGAGACGCGUAUAGACCUACAAAAAGGCACGAAACUAGUGCGCUGCAAACAGGUCAAAAGAGUAGAGGACAACACAACAAGUUCUCCACCUACACACCUCUAAAUGUACCGCGCUCAGAGUUGCUGAUGCAGAUCAAAAAGAAGGACUAUGUCUCAUGA